GAGCAGUUGUUUGACGCUGCUACGUAAAUCACAACAUGGACGUGACGAAUCGACAGCUCUCCGCGACUCCGCGCUGCCCUACUGGAACUGAAUCACUUCCAUUCUGCACUCGACCGUGACAGUGCGCGCGCGCAUUGUUUCAACUCACACUCGCUCUAUCAUCUACAUUGAUAAGAUAUUACAUCACGGUGAUAAGAAUCUUCAAGGAAACUUUGUAUUAGAUUCCACUUUAGUUUCGGCAUGCAUAGACAGUAAAGUGUUGUGAACUGAAUUUAUAGUGAAUUGUGUGUUAAUUGGAUGUCGUACGCACGAUGGGUACGAAGACAUCAUUGAAGAUUACUGUGGUCGGAGACGGAAUGGUGGGGAAGACUUGUUUGCUGUAUGUUUAUACCAAGAACGAAUUUCCUGAGGAAUACGUACCUACAGUUUUCGACAAUUACAUCGACUAUAUGACGGUGGAUGGAGUGGAGGUAGAAAUGGCACUUUGGGACACAGCCGGGCAAGAGGACUACGAGCGACUUAGGCCACUUUCAUAUACACAGACGAGCUGUUUCCUAGUAUGUUACUCUGUGAGUAGUCGGCCCUCUUUCGAGAACGUCGUGCACAAAUGGUAUCCGGAAUUGAAGCACUUUAGCGAUUCAGUUCCCAUUGUAUUAGUAGCCACAAAGAUCGACUUGCGAGGUACAGACAAGGCAACAAUAACUACACAAGAAGGAAAAAAAUUAAAAAGGAAAAUUAGGGCCGUACAACUAGUAGAAUGUUCGGCGCUAGAGCGGGUGAACAUACAGCUAGUGUUUGAGGAGGCUGUCAGGGCGGCACUGAAGAAGAAGCCAGUUAGCAAACGCAGCUGCGUCUAUCUAUAACGUCGAGUAAUUUAAUUUUCGACCAGAAAAAUAUAAAAACACAAUUGCGUUAACGAAAACAGCAGUGGUUGGAUCUGCAAUCAUUAGCCAAAGAUUGUGUAGAAAAGUUUUGAGACGCCACUGUGUUACACUUUCAUUAUUAUUAUUAUUUUUAUUCAGCCAGUAUUCAAUACCACGAUACUUGAAUAAAUUAACUGCGGUUUCACGAAGGGAGAGUCACAUUCACUGCCAAAAUGUUCAUAGCUCAAGCCAAAAUGUGAACUAAGUAAUAACGCCUCGUCUUAGGAUGAAUUGAUAAGAUGUUGAUAUUACACAAGAUGCGCUGAGCAGAUAAAAUAAUUAUUCAGUUCGUGUUUUAAUUAUAUUAAUUUUUUCGCUAUAUUAGGAAACCAUUCUAAUUGUUUUUCCUUGAUAUGUGUAAUGGAAAAUGCAUUCAAUUAGAAUAGUGGAAUAGUGUUGUGUAUCAUCGCAGUUUUCAAUAGUUUGAUAACUCGUUACACAGUGUGACAAUGAUAAAUCGAUGAACAUGGGUGAAGUGAGGUCACCACACUUGCUGUAUAUUAUAUUAUUAUACUAUUCUUAAUAAGUUUAUGUACCUACAUCUCUGCAGUUUGUGAAACCUAACUACAAAAAUGAAUGCACGUUACAUGCUUGGCCCCAAUCACUAUUUGAUUUACCACUUAGCAAUCCUAUAAAUAUUUGUUUCUGUUAGAACCUACACUAAUUACCUAAUGUGCAAUAAAAUAAAGCACAUUUUGAUGGAAAUAGCAUUUAUUUACUGCCUAAGUUUGUAUUUCCAAUUCAAGUUUUUAAUAAAUAAAUGAACUUGUUUACAUUAUGCUAUUUGAAAGGGCGGCAUUGAAGAAGAAGCCGGUUAGCAAACGUAGCUGCGUCUAUCUAUUACAUAGAGUAAUUUAAUUUCCGAACAGAAAAAUAUAAAACCUCAAGUGCGAAUUUUUAUAUUUUUUUUGUUUGUUAUUAAAUUGACGAACUGAAACAGCAGUGGUUUUCGCAACCAACCGCAUUUUAUUCGCAACCAAGCAGCCAAAGAUUGUAUACAAAAGUUUUGAGGAGCCACUGUGUUGUUAUAUUUCCAUUUUUUUCUGGCCAAUAUUAAAUACCAAGAUACGUAGGUACCUGAAUAAAGUUUACGAAGAGCUACUAAAAUGCUCAUACAUACCCUAUCAUCACAGCAGGGCCCUUUUUAAAUCUAUGCAUCACAGUACUAAACAUUUUACUUUUUUACUAAAGCUUGACUUAUAACUAUAAAUAAAUAAAUUCAUAAAUGAGGGCACCAUCAUUACAUGAUGUUAGAUUUAUUUGAUCAACCUCAGUGCGAUCAAUGAAAUGAAUGCGUGAAAUGCCUUGGCAGACCAAAAAUGCUGAAAAGGGGUAUAAAAAUAAAUAUUUCAAACAAACCUUUCAAACUGCCCACUAGUCUCUCUUUACCUCACAAUAAUUAUCAAAACAUUACAAUACACCUAAACAAUAUUAUUUACACACUAAAAUGAAGUAAUCACACGGUGGCUACCAAUAUAAAGUAAAUUAUUUUGUUCUCUAUUUAAUAAUAUACGUAAUAUACGCAUCUAUUAAUAUGAAAAAAAUAAUUACCGAAUGUAAUCGUAAAUUACCGCACCGCAACUGAAGUUAGUAAGCAACGUGGAUAGCAGCGAAUUUGUAAUGAUUUUUAUAGCAUGAUGUGGUUUUGGCUGUACUUUAUUAUUUAUUAUUAGGUAUCUUUUAAUGAGUGUCUGUGACUGAAUAAAAUGCAGUAUUUUCUUAUCACAACAUUAUGAUUAUAUAUAUAUUACCUUUUUUACAAUGCAAGUGAUAGCAUUACGAAAAUUGGUUGAAAUUAUUUUCUGUAAGUAGAUGAGUACAAAAGAAUAAUGUUUUGACACAUGAAAUUAGUAGGUACUCCGACGAGGAAAUUACAAAAUACAUGCACUGCAUCCUUCGUUCAGUAUCAUGGACUGAACAUGCAAACAGUUGUUUUUCUGUUUGGUUGAUCUAUGCACGAGAUCAUAAUACGUGAUCUAUGAGACUUAUGGAUGUCAAUGUAUCAAAAGUCACCAUGUAUUUUAUACUAUUUACUAUAUACUCAGGUAUAUGCUACUUGUUAGUUGUGGAGCAAAUGCAAUUUACCUAAGCAAUACUCUAGCUAAAAAUGAAUUUAGAACAUAAGAAUAAAGUAUUAAAUUGUUAUAA